AUGGAUAUUAUGGAAGGUAAAGUUAAACUUAAGAAAGAGUAUGACCAAAAUGAUAUAGAGCUAUCCACAUCAGCAGAUCUAGAAGAUUUGAAAAAUGAAACAGGGGAAGAUUACCCAGUUUCUUUAGAUAUGGAAGGUAAAGUGGAAAUUAAGAAAGAAUUUGAAGAGUCUGACCAAAAUGAUAAAGAGCUAUCCACAUCAAUAGAUCUGGAAGAUUUAAAAAAUGAUACAGGGGAAGAUUACCCAGAUUUGCCGGAUAGGCAAUACUCUACUCCUACUCAGUCUCAUCUGAAUAUGGAUAUUAUGGAAGGUAAAGUUGAACUUAAGAAAGAGUAUGACCAAAAUGAUCUAGAGCUAUCCACAUCAGCAGAUCUAGAAGAUUUGAAAAAUGAAACAGGCGAAGAUUACCCAGUUUCUUUAGCUAUGGAAGGUAAAGUGGAAAUUAAGAAAGAAUUUGAAGAGUUUGACCAAAAUGAUAAAGAGCUAUCCUCAUCAAUAGAUGUGGAAGAUUUAAAAAAUGACCCAGGGGAAGAUUACCCAGGUGCACAAAAGUCCACAGCAAAUUGGACAGUUUGA